AUGACGGGCUCUAGUGAGCGUGUGCGGACAGGACAGGCUCUACGGAGCGAGACCAAUGAGAUUGUGGCCAUUAAGAAGUUCAAGGACAGUGAAGAGAAUGAGGAGGUUAAGGAGACCACACUCCGGGAGCUGAAGAUGCUCCGAACCUUGAAGCAGGAGAAUAUCGUGGAGCUGAAGGAAGCCUUCCGCAGGAGGGGGAAACUCUACCUGGUGUUUGAGUAUGUAGAGAAGAACAUGCUGGAGCUGCUGGAGGAGCUUCCUAACGGAGUGCCGUCUGAUAAAGUCAGGAACUACAUCUACCAGCUGAUCAAAGCUAUCCAUUGGUGUCAUAAGAACGACAUUGUCCACCGGGAUAUAAAGCCAGAGAACCUUCUAAUCAGUUCUGAUGACAUCCUCAAGCUAUGUGACUUCGGCUUCGCCCGUAAUCUCUCAGAGGGAAAUGAUGCCAACUACACAGAGUACGUGGCCACUAGAUGGUACCGCUCUCCAGAACUACUGCUGGGGGCUCCGUAUGGUAAGGCAGUUGACAUGUGGUCAGUAGGCUGUAUCCUGGGGGAGCUGAGUGAUGGCCAGCCGUUGUUCCCAGGAGAGAGUGAGAUAGAUCAGCUUUUCAUCAUCCAGAAGGUCCUGGGACCACUGCCUACUGAACAGAUGAAACUCUUCUACAAUAACCCUCGAUUCCACGGGCUAAGGUUCCCAGCAGUGAACCACCCCACCACUCUGGAGAGGAAGUACCUGGGGUUCAUCAGUGGACCCCUGCUGGACCUCAUGAAGAACCUGCUGCUGUUGAGUCCUACAGAGAGGUUUCUAACGGAGCAGAGUUUGGACCACCAUGCCUUCCAGACACCGCGACCGGUGGAGCGACCUGGACCUCCUACACCAACACCAGUCCGCUCCUCUAAGAGGAAGCCUCAUCACACGGACAACAGCGCCCCCACCAGGAGUCAUGGUGUUAAGGGUUCAGACCACCACCGCUCAGCUAGUAGAGACUGUUCCAGCCUGCCCCGUCACGAAGACCUCCAACCUAGCAAUCACCCUAGUAACGACAGCUUCCUGAAUGGCAACAGCUUGAGCCCCACCCUCCGCCCCAAGAUCUAUGCGCCGGCCCCCCAGCUCCUGAAUCGCUCAGCCUCCUGCUCCAAGGACCUAGCCAACAACAACCUGCCCCACCUCCUCAGCCCCAAAGAGACCAAGAACAAAGACUUUGACUUCACCUCCGGAGCCAAGGCCACAGAUGGGCCGGGAGCAAAGUACCUCAAGUCCAACAGCCGCUCUCAGCAGAACCGCCAUAGCUUUGUAGAGGGAAAGACCAGCACCCUGAUCUCUGGAGACAAACACAGAGCCAGAGACCGAGACCGCCACAGCUACAUGGGGGAGCAUGGGUCCUCUAAGUCUGCAGGAGGGUUAGGGUUAGCAGGAGGCUCCUAUAUAAACCUUUCUAAGAGCCACGGAGCCCUCAACAACGCCAAGUCAGUAGGGAACCUUAGCGACCCACGUAUCCAUGGUGACGAUCCUCCAUCACGCUACUUCCCUACUUCCUGUCUUGACCUCAACGCUCCUGGCAGCCCGGCGUCCGGUCAUCAUCGUCACAGCCCUGCAGGCCGGCGCUCGGAGAGAGAGAGCAAUACGCUAGACUCCUCAUCCCGACGCACCUCCUCACGACACAAGAGCUCUGAGGAGGCCAAGUCCCCUGAGGGAGGAGACCCGGGAGGGGGAGGAGGUGGAAGCCAUGGUCACUCCCUGUCCACCCCCCAUGAGGCCUUCCCCUACGGCCUGGGCUACACAUCCCCAUUCUCCUCCCAGCAUAGACCUCACCGCCACUCCAUGUACGUGCGGCGGGAGCGUCAGAGGACCCACGGGGGGGGUAGUGAGGGGGGGCUGGCGGUGGGACAGGGGAUGUCCACCAGAGCCUCCAGCCUCCAGCUCCUCUCCCCCCAGCUGCAGCACCGCACCCUGCCCAGGCACUCUGGAGGAUCUUCUACAGAGAACAUCACCAGGGUGGGGAUGUUCCAUGAACAGCACCCAGAGGACGGAGUCUCUUCUAAAGAAAACCGCAUCAUCUACAGUGAGUCCAUGCCCAGGAGGGUUGGCAGCUUCUAUAGAGUGCCGUCCCCACGGCCAGAUAACGGAGGUCAGGGCAGCAGGGGGACAGGAGGGGGGGCAGUGGACGGAAGCACCUUGACCAACCAUCCCAAACGCCAGCCGGCCUUUGACCCCUGGAUGCGCCCAGAGAUCGUGGUGAUGAACCAAUCAGAGCCGAUCAAAGAAAAGGAGAAGCAGGGCUUCUUCAGAGCAAUAAAGAAGAAGAAGAAGAAGAACAAGUCCCAAACGAACCAACCAGAUCCAUCAAACGCUCAAACAGGACGUCAUCAGGAGGUACCAGGUGACGGGGCAGAUCACGUGGUCAUCCAGAAGUCCGCCCGGUCAUCGGGUCAUCAGAGCAGCCGCCACCGGAACCAGGAGCGGGACCAAUCACGGGAGAGAGACAGAGAACAAUCACGGGAGAGAAACUGGCCAUCAGAAAAAAUGUCUGAUGCACACUGUCAGAGCCAGCCACUCAAGUCUCUACGGAAGCUCCUUCACCUCUCCUCCUCCACUUCCAAUCAAACGGCCCCAUCUGAUAUGCGCUUCCAGCCCCUGCCCAACUCAACCUCGGCUAAAGCGGGUUUCAGUGAGGGUCCCAGUCGGAGCCACGCAGGCUCCAGCACCCCCCAGCUAAAGAGCAGGCAGGCCGCCUACCCCCUCCCUGGUCAGAUGGAGUCCAGCUGGCACAACUCUGCCCUUGGCAGAGCUGAGGGAAACCCUUACCCCGAGCAACACGGAGGGAGGGAAGGCAAGGGGGGCCAGAACGGACAUGGGUUCGGACGGCCCUCACGCUCACGCAUUCCAAAUCUCAAUGACCUGAAAGAGACUGCUCUUUAGAGAGCUGCUUUAACCUUGACACCUGACCCCAGACCUCUCUCUGCUGCCCAGACUUCUCUCUGCUGCCCAGACUUCUCUCUGCUGCCCAGACUUCUCUCUGCUGCCCAGACUUCUCUCUGCUGCCCAGACUUCUCUCUGCUGCCCAGACUUCUCUCUGCUGUCCAGACCAGUCGACUUCAUAGUUUCUUUUUUAAAGCUUCCAUAUUUGAUAGAAUUUGUAAUAUUACCUAUGUCAUUCUGAUUAUUAUAAUAUUUGUCAGUUAAUAAUUGCAAAUUAAUCAUAUAUGUAAAUGCUAUUUAAGAUAUAAAGUGUAUUUGUUAGAGUCUGCUUGCACACAAUUGAAAUAUUACAUUUUAUUUCACAGUAUUUGCAUUAUAUUUCCUUAAGAAUAUAUGAAGUUUAAAUUCAUUUUUUUGAUUGUUACAAUGUAGACCAUUCCUUCCCAUCAGUUAGUCUGUGCUGUGGAUUCAGUCUGUCUCUUGACGUCCAGACUGAUGGAAGACGCUCUAUAGAGGGUUAAAGCUUUAGUAUUUAGGACAAUGUUACGGCAAUGCGUUGUCCAUCUCCAAACAGAUCAGAUUUUAUAUACAUUGCUGUAGUUAGUAAACCAAUGUUCUGUGUUGACAAUCAAGAGAAUCUUGUGUUUGAUGUCAUUUGAUAGGAGAGGGCUAGUCUCAGGAGAAAUCCCAAGUUUUUGAUACAAUACUAACCCAUGCUGGCCUGUGGUACCAUUUCACCUUUAAUACUUCACCUUAAUAGCUAUGUUUUCAUAAACUAUUUUUGUUGUUGAGAUUUAGAACAUUUGCAUAGAAAAUAGAUGUGACAGUUGCCUGCUAGGGUGAGUUUCCAUUUAACUAUCCUGUGUCGACACUUAGAAAAUAGAUGUGACAGUUGCCUGCUAGGGUGAGUUUCCAUUUAACUAUCCUGUGUCGACACUUAGAAAAUAGAUGUGACAGUUGCCUGCUAGGGUGAGUUUCCAUUUAACUAUCCUGUGUCGACACUUAGAAAAUAGAUGUGACAGUUGCCUGCUAGGGUGAGUUUCCAUUUAACUAUCCUGUGUCGACACUUAGAAAAUAGAUGUGACAGUUGCCUGCUAGGGUGAGUUUCCAUUUUACUAUCCUGUGUCGACACUUAGAAAAUAGAUGUGACAGUUGCCUGCUAGGGUUGUUUUGCAUCUUGUGUCGAUAAAAACAGUUGGACGUAAGGACUUCACAUAAAACAGAAGUGGUUGAAUUGUUUCCAUUACCGUUUAGGCAAAUUGCGCAUUAAUAAAUUGGUGACAGCCUGUAUGCCCUCCCACCUAUCUUUUCAUGUCUCAGGUAGCCCAUGAAAGCCUGCAUGGAUAGAAUGCAAUAAUUGACUAAUAUAUGCCAUAUUCUAAUAAUUCAUAUGUGCCAGUGUAUCGCCACGGUCCUCGCCAUGGUGAAACUUACACUCCUGUAGAUCUGAAAUAAAUGGAUGGUAAAACUUGCCAGCCAACCAGAAAAGCAAGACGAAGCAAUUCAGGACAAUCCUUGUCCUACAAAGAAACAGUAUUUUUAUAGUUGGAAAAUGGAUUUAGCAAGCAGUAGGCAUAUUAAUUAAAUGUGGAGUUGAGCUUUAGUUUCCAUUUUUUUUUACAUCACGUGCACAAGUACAGUGAAAUGCCUUUCCUGCAAGCUCUAACCCAACAUUGCAGUAAUCAAUAUCAGUGUAAUACUAAAAAUAAAGGUAGAACAAAUAAAAAUAAAUAAAAACAAGAAGAACGUGAGUAAGCUAUAUACAGGUUCAGUUCCAAUUCCAUAUUUCCAAUGUGCAUGGAUACUGGAAUGAUAGAGGUAGAUACAGUUGAUGUCGGAAGUUUACAUACACUUAGGUUGGAGUCAUUAAAAAUCAUUUUUCAACCACUCCACAAAUUUCUUGUUAACAGACUAUAGUUUUGGCAAUUCAGUUAGG